AUGGACAAAGGCGCUGUCACUGGAGCAGUCUUUUUGCACCUAUCAAAGGCCUUUGACACGGUGAACCAUUCUAUACUAUUUUCAAAAUUAUCGAAGGCUGGAUUUACUGAUGCCACUAUAACAUGGUUCAAAUCAUAUCUAUAUCAGAGAAUACAGGUAACAAGAGUGGAUAAUGCUACCUCUUCUGCAAAGUAUGUCUCAGUUGGAGUUCCACAAGGGAGUGUCCUUGGACCACUCCUAUUUAUCCUUUACGUGAACGACUUGCCGUCUUGUAUUAAGAAGUGUAAAGUGACUAUGUAUGCAGAUGACACGGUUCUUUAUUUCUCUUCCUCUACGUUGUCGGAACUUGAGGAAAAUUUGAAUGCUGACCUUGAAAUCCUUUGCAGAUAUUUAAAUGACAAUCAUUUAACUUUGAACGCUGAGAAAAGCAAAUUUGUAAUCUUCGGCAGCACGCGUAAACUCAAUUCAUUCCGUGAGUUUUCAUUAGAGAUCAACGCACAUAACUUGGAACGUAGAGACACCUUCAAAUACCUUGGCAUUAAACUUAAUCAAAAUAUGUCUUGGUCGGACCAGAUUGAUGCCCUUAGCAAAAAAGUCAGCCAACGACUUGGAGUUCUGCGUCGUGUUAAGUAUUUGCUGCCUCUACAUGGUCGUUUGGCGAUAUAUAACAGUCUCAUUUUACCGUUAUUUGAUUAUGCAGAUAUUGUGUGGGGGGGACAAGAACAAUAA